AUGGAAAACCUGAUCCUUGUCUCCAGCUCCAGCAGUGUUCUCCCGGCACUCCUUUUAACAGUCCUGAGCUGUGUCACUUCUUUGCCUCUUGAUGAUGAUUCAGUUUGCACAGCAGAAGAAUUUGCACAGUACAGCAUAAUUUUCACAGGGAAAUGGAGCCAGGUAGCCUUCCCUAAGCAGUACCCACUAUACAGGCCUCCAGCACAGUGGUCAUCACUUCUAGGCGUGGCCCAUAGUUCUGAUUACAACAUGUGGAAAAAGGAUGAGUAUGCCAGCAAUGGUAUGCGUGACUUUGCUGAAAGAGGUGAACCAUGGGCAUUAAUGAAGGAAAUAGAAGCAGCUGGAGAAAAAAUUCAAAGUGUUCAUGGAAUCUUCGCUGCUCCUGCCAUUUCUACUGGUACAGGGCAAACCUCCACGGACUUAGAGGUACAUUCAAGACACCCUCUGGUUUCCUUUGCAGUACGAAUUGUGCCCAGUCCUGACUGGUUUGUGGGCAUUGACGGUUUAAAUCUGUGUGAAAAGGAUCACUGGAAACAGCAAGUAUCACUGGAUCUUUCCCCAUAUGAUGCUGGGACUGACAGUGGUUUCACAUUUUCCUCACCCAACUAUGCCACUAUCCCACAGGAUACUGUUACAGAGAUCACUUGUUCUUCUCCAAGUCACCCAGCAAACUCAUUUUAUUAUCCAAAACUUAAGAUUUUACCAUCUAUUGCUCGAGUAACCAUGGUAAAACUUAAGAGAAGCAAACUGGGUUUUCCUGUUCCUCAGCCCAAUGUGACUGCAAUUGGUAAUGAAAUAGAUGAUUCUGUCUCAGAAACUCCCCUGGACUGCGAGACAUCGCUCUGGUCAUCUUGGGGCCUUUGUAAAGGCACGUGUGGACAUUUAGGAGCAAAAAGAAGAACUCGUUAUAUACAUCUUCAUCCUGCCAAUAAUGGAACACCCUGCCCAAUCCUGACUGAAGAAGCAGAAUGUGAACCAGAUAAUUGUGUCUGAGAGAGCUCUUCUGGACAAUUAUCUAGAUAAUUUAAACACAGGAUAUACUUAGUUAACAUAUACAAUGCUUGUUAAGAUUUUUUAUAGCUCAGGACAGUUGUAAUAUUUUGUUGAAAAGUUUUUACAUGAUUUAAUAGUGUGUUAUGUUUGUCAUAUACAAUAUUUUCUUGUACAUUCCUGCAGUACCCCCUAGUGGUAGAAAUUUUGACAAACUUUGUAGUUCGAUUAUCAAACAUACAUACAUACAUACAUACAUACAUACAUAUAUAUAUAUCUGUAAAAAGGUAAGCAACUCAACCUUUGAAGAAUUUGACCAUGUAGUUUUGGAAAGUGUUCAUAUCUGAAUUACUUUGCUAUAAUUUAUUGGAAUUUAUGGGGUGUUCCUUGCAAUCACACUUAAUGCAAUAGAAUGUAUUUCAGAAAUAAAUAAACUAAGCUGUACAGAUUUAUAGUAUGGCUGGGGGAAAAUAAUGCAUAAGGUACUCUUCAGGCAGGGCUACACAACUUUGGCCCUCCAGCUGUUGCUGGACAACCACUCACAGCAUCCCCCACUAGCGGACACUAUGGCUGAGGAUGUUGGGAGUUGUAGUCCAACAACAGCUGGAAGGCCAAAGUUGGGCAACCUUGCUUUAGGGUAAUCAGCAUAUAGAGCAAGUGGCCUGUCUUUCUUGACAAUAAAAUGUCCUGAAAUAAAAUACCUUUGUUUCUAAUCACCACAAGCAGUUAUAUGUGAGGAAAGAGACAAAGGCCCAGAUCACAUAAUAAAUAAUAAUAAUAAAUUUUAUUUUUUUAGCUGUCCCACAAAAAACAGACCAUUAAAGGGGGGAAUAUAAAAUACAAUACAAAGCAAUUUAAAAACUAUUUUAAAAUCAGUUAAAAAUCAAAUUUGAAGAUCAAAAUUUAAAAGGCCUGAGUGAACAAGGAGGCAACAAACCAUGGUUUGCUAAUUGGUCAUAACAGACCAUUAAAGGGGGGGAAUAUAAAAUACAAUACAAAGCAAUUUAAAAACUAUUUUAAAAUCAUUUAAAAAUCAAAUUUGAAGAUCAAAAUUUAAAAGGCCUGAGUGAACAAGAAGGCAACAAACCAUGGUUUGCUAAUUGGUGCUCGGUUCUCAAGCUCACACAUCCACAUCUUCCUUCUUCCCCUUAUAUACUCCAAUCCCCUUACUUAUUUCCUUGUUUGCAGAAACUAUAGUUUGCUGUUGCAGCCAAUAAAACUAUGGUACUUUGUGCAAACUAUAGACUGCUGACAAAGCAGAAUGGGAGGCUAUGCUUGUUUGGAUACCAUGGCAAACUUACAAAUAAUACAUAAAUAAAAUGGUCGCCUGUCCCCAAAGGGCUCACAAGAAACACAAGGUAGAUACCAGCAAUAGUCAGUGGAGAGAUGCUAUUCUGGGGUUGCUCUUUUGCUAAAUAUAAGAGAAUCACCACUGUAAAAGGUGCCUCUUUGCUCAGUUAUAUAAAUAAAUUAACCUUAAUAACUGUAUCUGCAGUUCUUCUUUAAGUAUGGGCAUAAUUAGUAGCCAAAGUUAAGCACUUAUAAGCCCUACUGAUUUCAGUGGGAGAGUUAAAGAUGUUGAAAGCAAUGGAAACUUUUAAAAUUCACAGAAUUUCUGUUUUGUGUCUCUAUGUGUUUUAUGAUACUUACUAUUAAUAUUUAUUUUUCAAACAUUUCCACAAAUACAAGGCACAAUGCUGCCGAAGUUAAGCAAUAUAAAGGCCUUCGGAUCUCGAGGUCUGUUUGGAAAUAGGCAAUUAUAUAUAACAACUAUUAUAUAUACGUAUAACAAUACAUCCAAGUCCUAGGCUAUGCACUUUAUUUAUUUAGAACUCAUCUGUUAAGCAGACACAAUGCAGUAAAUGUACACAGUCAAUCUUGGUUCCCAAAGCUCCUGGGGACAAUAUUUUUUACCUACAGAGCAGAAAAUGAAAUUAGACCAUUCGUGUUCCACGGGAAUCUUGAAUGAUAGAAGCUCUACAUAACUUAAUGUAAUGUAUAUCUGUUUCUUAAACUACAAAAGAAAAGGUUUGUAAUAAUCCAGCAGAGUUGAUCAACAAAACAACAGUCUCAGGGAUAUUGUUGAAAAGGCUUCAUUUGCUCUGAAGUUGGUGAUUAAAGAUUCCCUAUCAUCAUUUGCUCUAGUAUUUCAAGGCUGGUCUAUUUCUGACUGAAAUUAAAUGAACUUGUUAAAUAUAUGAGGUUGUAAGACUCCUACAUUAACAUCAUACACUUUCAUUGAGAGAAAUAAAACUUCUACUCCUGGGCUAAAUAAACCAUGUUAUUUGUGUUUUCAACUGGACUGUUAUACAUGUUAACUCAGAAGUUAGUUGUUCUGUUCACGGGGGCUUGCUCCCAGGUUUGUGUACCUGUUGUGACAUAAAUAUUCUAGCAGAAAAGUCAAUAUCAUUAUAAUUAAACCUUGGAUUAUUUUGGUAAA